AUGUCGGCGAUGGACGCACCUCCUCUUCGUGCACGAACGGCGUUGUUAGAAGAACUGCGGGAUAUGCAGAAACAACAACAACAACAACAACGAAAAACAGAGAUAACACACACACGGAAGAGUGAUGAUAGUGUGAAUGAUAGAGAUAACAAUGACAAUGACGGUGAGUUAGGCAGUUCUGUUCCCAUGGCAGUGCGGUUUGUGCGGGGAUGUCCUCCACUUGGAGAUCCCUCAUGGGCAAUGGAGGAAUUACUGCGAAUAAACCAGAAUGUUGCGGUUUGGACAGGUACAAAGCUUUCUAGUUCUGUGUGGGCUUUUCCAGGCAGUGGGCAAUGCCCCUUUGAGACUACCGAGGCUGAUUUCUUACGGCAUCACUAG